AUGUCAUAUAUAGAAGAGGAUGAGACUGAUUCUGAGGAAGAUGAAAACGAUGAUAGAAAAGAUGCAACCAAAGUUGGUCCUGAAAAAUCACAUUCUGAUGAAGAAGAUCUACAAGAAUAUGGUCUAGAAAAUUAUGAUGAUGAAAAAGGUGAUUUCACAACGGGUAUUUCUGGUUUGGUCAUGUUUGCGGACAAUGAUGCGGAUCCUUAUAUCACAAAGAAGUCAAAAUCUGAUUCAAAUAUCAACUCUGAUUCUGAAGACGAAUCAGCAGAAAAGUCAGCAGUCCAACUCAAACCUGAUGACAAUCUGCUUGUUUGUGCCAGAUGUGGUCAACAUUCUAGUGUUUUGGAAGUUUAUGUAUAUAAUCACAAAUCAGGAGACUUCUAUGUUCAUCAUGAUAUACCUUUAUUGGAGACACCAUUAUGUAUGCAAUGGGUUGGAUUUGAUCCAGGUGCUGAGAAUGUGAAUUCAGGCAACCUCCUUGCUGUAGGCAACUUUAAUGGAACGAUUGAUAUAUGGGAUUUAGAUGUAUUAAAUUCACUAGAACCUGUGGCUUCUAUUGGGAAAGGUAAAGUUUCAAAACAAAGAAGAAAAAUUGACUUUCGACAUGCUGAUGCAAUUCUAGAUAUAGCAUGGACUGAUGUUGUACAUGACCAGCUAGCUUCUGCAUCGGCAGAUACAGCUAUAGCUCUUUGGGACUUGGAACUAGGAAAAGCAACUCGAGUCUUCAGAGACCAUAAAAAUAAAGUUCAAACUCUAGCUUGGAUGCCAAAAUCUGAUAAACAUUUACUGUCAGGUGCUUUUGAUGGAAAUAUAAUUAUGACAGAUACUCUGGAAAUAAGAACAGUUGCACAAUGGACUAUUGAUGGGGAAGUUGAACGCAUCACAUGGAAUAAUGAAAAUAGUAAAUACUUUGUUGCCAGUUGUGAUUCUGGUUUUGCUUUUUAUUGUGAUGUAAGAAAGCCUACCGAAUUUAUACAUAAAUGGAAAGCGCAUGAAGGUGCAAUUCCUGGCCUUUUCUUGAAUCAAUCUGAUUCUAAAAAUAAUUCCUGCCUACUUCAAACUGCUUCUAGUGAUGGUCUUGUAAAACUUUGGGACCUAAAUUUUGACAAACCAAAAUUAGUGCAUGAAAAAGAUAUGAAAAUGGGAAUGGUACAUUGUUGUGAAGGCAAUCCAGAUGAAAAUUCUGUUGUUGCUUUCGGUGGACAAAAAGGUCAAGUCAGAUUGUGGGACCUUGCAAAAAUUUCUGAAACUGCAAAGUACUUUGAUUUACCAGAGCAAGUUAAUAAUAUAAAUAGUGAUGUUACAUUAAUUAGUCCAAUUAGUGGAGAUGGAGAAGAGGAUGAUGAAGUUUUGAAAUAUAUACAGGGAGAGGAUUACAUUAAACCUAACAAAAUAAAUAAAUUUUCUAAACAAAAUGGAAAUCAUCCUAAUGGUUCUGGUGAUUCAAAAAAGAAAAAACGUAAAAGAAAGAAAAAAACUUCUGCGAACCAGUCAAUACAAAAUAAAAAAUCACUGAUAUAACAAUGAACUACAUUGGUCUUGGAAAGAUAAAAAUAAGCUCAAGAAACGAUAUUAAUAUUGACUUGAAAUUAGUUUGAAAAUUCAAAAUAUUUUUUAUUAUGUUAUGUCCAUAUUUUGGCAGUUGUCAUUCUUCAUUUCUUUUGAAAUGUUUACUUUGAUCUUCAGAAUUUGACCUAAUUCAUCAUGCCUGCGACAUCCUGUUGAGAUUCAUUUCCGUAACACUUCUGAUAUUCGUCAAUAUUUUUCUGAGAGAUUUGAUAAACAUUCAUAGGUUAAUAAAUUAAUUUACACUGCAUUUUAAAUGUUUGUUUGUAUUAUGAGAAAUAUUUCAUCCAAAUCUCUUACUCAAAAGUCCAUACUCUCUUUACCAACUACUUCAGGCAGAAUGUUUAAAUUUUCCAAAAUCGGAGUAGUGCUCUCUAAUAAAUGCUGCCAAACUUCUUAAUAUCACUUUUUAG